AUGCGGCUUCAAGCGGCCCUUUUCGUCGCGGCAUGCAUGUCGCCUGCUGCGGCCAUUUAUCACGAUGAGGUCAAUCAUAUUGACUUUCACCAUGCCCUCCUUGGUGCCCCCUCUCCCGACUCGACCUUCUUCCUAAAGCCCUCCUCCGCCUCAAAUGCCUCCCUCCUCUACACAAUCUCCGAUAAGUCCAUCCUGGGUGCUGUCAACCCUAGGGAUGGUGCAUUGCUCUGGCGCCAGAACCUCUCACGGGCUGGUUCUCCUGCCGGUGCUGGUAUCCUGCGCGGCUCUGAUGGAAAUAAUGCUGUCGUUGGUGCGGCCGGACAAUAUAUCUCUUCUUGGACAGCCCAAGAUGGCAAGUUGAUUUGGGAGAACCAGUUCCUGGAUGGUGUGGUAGCAGAUCUGGAGCUAUUGGAGCUGGAAGAGGCUGGUGCGACAUCUGGUGCCCGAGAUACCUUGGCCCUCAUUGGCGGCGAAGGUACCGGCGCUGUGAGGCGGUUGGAUGGUGCUUCUGGAAAGAUUAAGUGGGAACACAAGGAUGAGAGUGGUGAUGUUGCCUUCCAGGUCUCAUCUUCUCCGACAGACGUCUUCUACAUUUCGCUCCAAUCGGCUUCGAAGGGAUACAAGAUCAAGGUUACUGCGCUGGAUCCGGUGACUGGUCGGCAAACUCGCCAAUAUACCUUGAACUCGGAGACCGAUAUCCCAACCCCCGAUUCCGUCCUUUUCGUGGGCGCCAAUGUCGCUUCGCCCUUGAUCGCUUGGGCUGACAAGACACACAAGACCAUCAAGGUCAACGUCAUUGGCACAAAGCAGGUUCAAACAAUCAACAUCGAGAAUACUUCUGGCCACGAGAUCCGUCAGAUUACGAUUCACGCGCCCCACAAACUCAACUCCCUCCCCCACUUUUUGGUCCAUUACGUGACUGACAAUGGCGCAUGGGCGGAUGUCUAUCACGUUGACCUCAAGUCUUCUGCUAUUUCCAAAGCUUACCAGCUGCCCUAUAUUCAGGGGCAAUCCGUGGUGGCUACUAGCAGCAUUGAUGCCAACGUUUACUUCACCCGCAUUACUGACUCGGAGGCCGUCAUUGUCUCCUCUGCAUCCCACGGCAUUCUGGGCCGCUGGAAUUUGGAGGCUUCUUCCUCAGAGCCCGCAUUUUCUGCUAUUUCGGAGGUUAUUGCCAAGGGUAAGAAUGUCGCCGUCCGUGCUGCUGUUCUGCGCGAGGCUGGAGCUUGGGAGUUGAUUCGAAACGGUCAGACUGAAUGGACUCGCCAUGAAGCUUUGAUCGACGCUGUGGCUGCCACCUGGGUUGAGUCUGAGGUCCAGGAGAACCUGGUCCACGAGCUUGAAGUUGAAGGACACGAAAGUAUGGUUGGCGCAUACAUUCACCGCGUGAAGCGUCAUGCUCGUGACCUUCAACAUCUCCCAGAGUGGCUUAAGGAGCUUCCUCAGCGAAUCAUAAGCAGCAUUUUGACUGAUGAAGUCACAAACCUUGAUAGCUUCGGUGUGUCUAAGCCGGUCAUUGUUGCUACUAAGAGUGGUCGUCUGUACGCCUUGAACACCGGCAAGCAAGGCAGCGUUAUGUGGAACACCCAGGUGGAGAAGACCUCCGAGUGGGACGUGAAGUCGAUUGUGACUCGACCCGGUGAAGUGACAGUCUAUGUCGGCGAUGGAAGCUCUGUGUCUGUGAACGUCUCUACAGGAGAGGUCAUUUCGCGCUCUGUGCCCACAGGUGUGAAGCUCCAGGCGAUCAUUUCUCUUGAGAACCAAGAAACCAUUGGCAUCCAAGAAGAUGGAUCGCUGACUGGCGCAUUUACCGACGCCACCGGUUUCCUUGUGACCACAAGUGCCGAUGGACAUGUCCUUGGCUGGAGCGGACGUGAUAGUAAGUCACCUGUCUGGGAAUUUGUUCCACCAUCCGGACAGAAGGUUAUUUCCGCAACCUCUCGUCCUGCCCAUGACCCUGUUGCCUCGAUUGGCAAGGUUCUUGGAAACAGAUCUGUUUUGUACAAGUACCUCAACCCGAACCUCGCCCUGGUCACCGCAGUGAACGACAAAGACCACACUGCUGGUUUCUACCUACUGGACGGUGUAUCCGGAAAUGUACUGUAUGCAGCCAACCAAGCUGGCGUUGACCCAUCCCAGCCUAUCGCAUCGGUUAUGACCGAGAACUGGUUUGCAUACUCCUUCUUUGGUGAUGUUGUUGAUGAGUCUUCUGCCAAGGGCUACCAGCUUGUUGUUUCUGAGCUUUAUGAGUCGUCUGCCCCCAAUGACCGUGGUCCUCUGGAUUCCGCCGGAAACUAUUCUGCUGUUGACAGCCUUCCUCUGCCUCAUGUCAUUUCUCAGGCUUUCGUGAUUCCCGAGCCAAUCUCCCAAAUGGCUGUCACUCAGACUCGCCAGGGUAUCACGACUCGCCAGCUUCUCUGCGCUCUGCCCGAAUCGAACUCCAUCGUUGGCAUUCCCCGUCCAGUUUUGGACCCCCGCCGCCCGGUUGACCGAGACCCAACUACUGCCGAGGCAGAAGAGGGACUCUUCCGCUAUGCUCCUUUCCUUGAGUUUGAUGGCAAGUGGUACAUCACACACUCGCGAGAUGUCUCCGGUAUUAAGACCGUUCUCUCGCAACCUACUCUUCUGGAAAGUACCAGUCUCAUUUUCGCUUUUGGCGGUGAUAUUUUCGGAACUCGCGCCACUCCAAGCCAGGCUUUCGAUGUCCUUGGCAAGAGCUUCUCUAAAUUGCAGCUUGUCCUUACUGUGGUAGCCUGCGCAGUUGGUGUAACCUUUUUGGCCCCCAUGGCCCGCAAGAAGCAAGUCAACCUGUUGUGGAAGGCAACUUAA